AUGUUAAAGGAUUUUGAAAAUAGAUUUGAUAUAUUAGAGGAGAAGUGUUUAAAAAAUGCAAGAUUAUUAAAAAAUAGUCUUUUUGCAGGAGCAUAAUUUCAAUUGCCUAAAGAUGAAAUAAUGUAUUUGAACAGGUAAAUAUUUGUGAUUUUUUAAGGGAAAUUUUAGAUUUAUCAAGUGAAUGGAGCAUACAUUUUCCAAGGACUGCCAAAAAGUAAUAAUCUAAGGAAGAAAGCAAUCUGGGUAUAGAAAUCAAAAUGAUAAAAUUGUACAAACUAUGUUUAAAAGAGUUUGUGGCAGAGAUGUAUGAAGAAUUUAAGAAAACUUAAAAUUAAAAAGAGACUGUAUUUAUAAACUUCUGAAAUUUAGACCCUCUAAUUGGUGGCCAAGCAUUACCAUGAUUACAAGGCAUUUUCAUAUUGGCUUUUUAAGAUUUUUUAUCAUUUAGAUAUAAACACUUUAUCAUCAUUAGGAGCUGAUUUGCAUAGUCUCUCACUUGAGACAUUGAAAACUGAGUAUUUUAAAGAAGGCUAGGAAAAAUUAUUUCGAACUAUUUUGGAUGUCUUAUUGGAAUCAAGGCAGAAACAACUUUUAUUGGAUAAACAAAUUAAAUCACUGUGUGAGUUAUUUGUUGUAAUGGGUGCGAACACAGUAAAGUUGAAAUAUGAAAAAGAAUAAGGAAUGUAUGAUUACAUUUGCUAAAAUUUUUUAGAAACAGAGAAAUUUUAUAAAGAGAACUUUGAAAAAAAAUUUUUAGAAGAGGUAAUAUUAUUUAGAUGUUGUUUUAGACUCAGAAAUUCUAUAAAUGUUAAAUUUCUGAGAGGUAAAAUUUAGGAGUCAUUGAAUUUGUAAGAUGGGCACUUAGAGUUAUUUAAUUAGAGGAGUAGAUGUGUUUGGAAAGUUAUUCAAAAAGUUAUGAUCAAAUAAAAAAAUUAUUUAAUUAGCUGUUUGUAAUAGAGUAAGCAGAAAGACUCUCAGCUGGAGGAGUAUAAUAUUUAUUAUAAGAUGGGAGAUUUGCAUAACUGGGAGAAUUAUACAAUCUAAUAUCUAGGGAGAGUUCAUGUGUAAAAUUUAUUGCUUAAGAAUCCUAAAUUUACUUUUUAGUUAUUGCUCGUUAAGUGAAUUCAAAUUUUUAUGAUACGUCAAAAUAAUAAUAAGUAAAUAAACAAGGUAUUCAUCUAAAUUUACAAAUUCAGUCCUGGCAGAGCAAUAUUGCAAUUAAAUGUUUGACCUUAUGGAAAAGACAUUACAAACGAUAAAAAAUUAUAUGCAAAAUGAUAUAAAGCUUAUUUCAGCUUAUGAGACUGCAUUCACUGCAGCAUUUAAUGAACUUCAGGAAUCAUUCUUCUAACUAGCAGUUUAUGCUGAUAUAUAGAUAAGAAGCUAAAAAGGGGUAAAUGAAAUUGAGACUGAUAAGAAAUUGAAUAAGAUCUUUUCUCUAUUUUAAUUGCUAUAUUCAAGAGAUAAAUUUCUUUAACAACAUAAAAAGUAUUUAUAAUUUAGAUUGUUAAAUCAAUAGACACAGAAUAUAAAUUUAGAAAAACAAUUAUUAUAAAAAUUCAAGGGAGAAACCUAAACGAAUGUUUUGUAACUAUUAUAAUUUUUGAUCUUAGAUCUGAAUUAUAAAAUAUGGUGAAUGAUAUUUAGCAAUCCUAUAGAUUUGCUACUGAUUAGAUGAUUCAUAAAAAUCAAAAAUUUGAUUUGACAGUCUAUCUGUUAUCUUACGGCUAUUGGCCAAUUGGGAAUAUCUAAGAUUAAAUUAUUGCUCCCUAAGAGAUUUUAAGUUCAUUAAGGUAGAAAUUAAUGUAUAUUGAUUCAGUCUUUACGAAAAAAUUUACUUAACAAAAAAUAGUGGAAGAAUUUUAUUCUGGACUUACAAUAAAGGACAGGGGGAGUUAAAUUAUAAAAUAAAGAAUGAUAAAUAUUAUUUAAUUGUGACAACCUUCUAAAUGAUUACAUUUUUACUAUUCAAUAAAGAGAAUUAAUUAACAAUCUAACAAAUCUAAGAAAGAACAAAAAUAAAUAUUGUAUAAAUAAUAAAAUAUAAGUUAGGUUGAUUUGGAAAACUCCCUGAUUCCCUUCAUUUGUAAUAAAGUUCUAUAGAGACAAAAAGAAGACCUAGAUGAAUUUUCAGAUAAAAAUGAAAUCAUUAAAUUGAAUUUCGACUUUAAUAAUAAAUAAAAAAAAUUAAAAUUACUGCCAAAUGCUAAAAUGCAACCUAAACGUCAGUUAGUAAUUUAGAAUUUUUAUAUUUUAGAGAAAAGCAGGAGAAUUAACAUAGGAGGAAAGAGAAUAAGAAGAAUAACUGAUUAAAUAAAGAGAAUUUGUUGUUGAUUCUUAACUUGUAAGAACUAUGAAAAGCAAAAAAUCGGUUACACAUUCUGAUUUAAUAGCUCAAUGUGCACAAAUUAUCACAAUAUUCAAACCAGAUACUAAAUUCAUAAAAAAAAGAAUUGAAAAUCUUAUUGAUAGAGAAUAUAUCAAAAGGGACGAAAGAGAUUGGUAUUAUAUAUUGUUAACUCUAGUAACUUAUAUCAUUAUUAAAAUUGAGC